AGGAAAAAUAGAGAGUGGUGCAUCUAAAAGAGUAAACAGGACCUACACUUUUCCUGAAAUGAAUAUAAAAAAAGAUAAAGGAAGAAGAGACAUAAGAAGAUAACGAAGACUUGGUGUUCUCAAAGAAGCAAAUAUUUACUGGAGAAAGUAAAAGGAAAUCUUUGUUUCUUUGAAGAGCUAUACGACAGUUCAUCAUAUCAACAUGGAUGUACAAACAGUCAAUACACGACGAAAAAUAUUGAGUCAUGUGGUUUGCAGUAUUUUAGUAGAGAGCGGUUUUGACGCGUGUGAGAAGGAUGUAGUGGAGACAUUUACGGAAAUGUUACAGUCAUUUCUUGUGGAGGUCGGAGCUUCCGCGAGAAAUUACUGCGAACUGGCUGGACGAACUGAGCCUCUUAUAGCGGAUGUGAUAUUGGCGUUAAUCAAUAUGGGUUUAAAAUUAGAUAACUUGGAGACUUAUGCAAAGAGACAGAAUAGGACAGUUUUGCCAGCGCUUCAGCAACAGACACAAUCAAAACAACUGAAUAUCUUGCAAGCUGGUAUCAAGCAAAGCCACCCAUCACACAUACCAAAUCAUUUACCAACUUUUCCUGAUCCACAUGCAUAUAUAAGAACACCAACACAUAAGCAACCUGUGACAGAAUACGAAGCAAUAAGGGAAAAGGCAGCAACACAGAAACGAGAUAUCGAAAGAGCUUUAACAAGGUUUAUAGCUAAGACAGGGGAGACACACAGUUUAUUCCUCACAGAAGACAAUAGCAUGUUCCCCUUAAUAUCUUGUAAGUCGCAAUCCCCCAAUUAUAUUUCUGCUCUUCUACCACAAGAUCAAAUAUUUGAGCCAGAUACAGACUUUCAUUUUGAACCAAGCCCGGUGAAGAAAAAGAAAGAGCAACAAAGCGAAGAAACCAAAGAAGGUAAUCAAGCACAAAAUGAGAAUGAACAAAAUGGUGAGACUACUACUCAGCAAGAUAUUAUAGAUAAUCCGUACUUAAGGCCAGGAAAGAUUCCUAAGAAUAAAAUACCAGGUACGACAAUACCUGGACAAAAUUCUAUCAAAAGAGAGCCCUUCGAUUCUUAAGUUCUGUGAUGUAAUAAUAUUAAAUAAUAAUUUCUGACGUAUUGUACAGGUAUUUUAUAGUGUCUUAAGUAGUAAUUAAGAAUAAUAACUCGACGUUAUGCAAUAAAAGUUAUUUUUAUUAUAAAUAUGAUUACAUAAAAGUAUUCUGAAAUACAUUUGUCAUUAUCUGUUGUUGAGAAUUAAUAUGUAACAUUCCGUAUUUAAAAUGUUUCGACUUGAUCUACACUGUGUAUGUGUGUGCAGAAUACAUGUUAAAAAAUUGUUAUCGCUAUAUGGUUAGCACUUUCCAUUAUUAUACAUAGCAACAUUGCUUAGGUCAAUAUUGCACACAUUAGCACCAUUUCGAAAAUAAUACGGGAACGCAAAGUCAAUGCCGAAAUUGAUGCUACUACAACCUCAUAAAACCUAUAAAAAUAUAUUUUUCUAAUAUAUUAAUACCAUAUGCAUAGCGGUAGAUGUCUAACUUCGUCAUCUGAAACAUCUAGCAAUCUCGAAAAUGUAAGCAUUUGGUUUGGCAAUAGUCAGAUAAAAUCUUUAUAUUUCGUCGAUCCAGUAUUUUAUUAUUUUGUUAUUUUUUUGUGUAGAUUCACAUUUUUCUAUACUUUUUAUAUUCAAAUGUUAGAAAUGAUUUAGAUUGUGAAUCUAGAUAACGCCGCUAUACAUAGUAGUUUAAUAUACUAGCAUAGCAAUCUUAAGUGUAUGAUUACACUCGUGAUUAAUUUGUAAAAAUAUAACAUUUUCGUCCCGUGUGAUAAUAUUCUAUGUAACAAAGAUAGAAAUAUUUUACUUACAUAGAUAUAAAUAUUUAUAUAUCUUACGAAUUCUAUUGUGUUUAAUUUUUUAUCA